GCUUCCACAGACGGAGGAGGAAGCAUGUCAUGAGGGGUGAUGACACAGUCACGGAGACGUAUCCACAUCCUCACUGACUCCUCAGAUCACUCCAUGCUGCUGUUUUAACUGCUACCACUUCUACAUCCUACAGAAGAGAGAGAGAGCCAAAGAUAGCUGCCAAUCUCCCUCCAAUCUCCCUCUCUCUCUUCCUCUCUUUUUCACUUUGUUUGUGGAUGAUGGAAUUUUAAUCAUGUGGAAGACAGCUGAGCGGCUAUUCUGGAUUUCGCUGACACUGUGCCUGGUCCCGCCUGGCCUUUUCUGAGCAGGAUGGACACUCUGGAGUCAGAGCUGACCUGCCCAAUCUGCCUGGAGCUCUUUGAAGACCCGCUGCUGCUCCCCUGUGCCCACAGCUUGUGCUUCGGCUGCGCCCACCGCAUCCUUGUCUCCCACUGCACCACCAACGAAUCCGUUCAUAACAUCGGGGCUUUCCAGUGCCCGACUUGUAGAUAUGUCAUUUCCCUGAGUCCGGAGCGUGGACUAGAAGGACUUAAGAGAAACGUAACCUUGCAGAACAUCAUUGAUAGAGUUCAACGAGCCUCAUCUUCAGCUGGGCUUCCUCUACCACUGUCACUGCCUGGCCCACAAAGCGGGCCCAACUCUCCCUGCGAGGAAGGGAGCAACCGGCUGGCACUGGUCCCCGUCAGCGCCGCCAUGUCAAGCCCGGGCACACCUCCGGAGCCGGUCCAGUGUCAGUUCUGUGAGCAGGACCCACCACAGGACGCAGUUAAGACAUGUGUGACGUGUGAGGUGUCGUACUGCGAGGAGUGCCUCAAAGCAACGCACCCCAACAAGAAGCCAUUCACGGGUCACCGGCUCAUUGAGCCAAUGCCCGAUUCCCACCUCAGAGGGCUCCAGUGCCUGGAACACGAGGAGGAGAAGGUGAACAUGUACUGCGUCAGCGAUGAUCAGCUGAUCUGCUCACUGUGCAAACUGGUUGGACGGCACAGGGACCACCAAGUGGCAGCAUUGAGCGACCGCUAUGAGAAACUCAGGCAAGCCCUGGACUCCAACCUGAACAAUCUGAUCAAGAGGAACAAUGAGCUGGAGUCUCUUAUGGGGAAAAUGAUCCAGACCUGUCAACAUGUAGAGGUGAAUGCGUCCCGCCAGGAGGGCAAGCUCUUGGAGGAGUGUGACGUCCUGAUUGAUAUCAUUCAGCAGAGGAGACAGAUCAUUGGCAACAAGAUCAAAGAAGGGAAGGCUCAAAGGCUUCGAAAGCUCGCCCAACAGAUUUCCAACUGCAAGCAGUGCAUUGAGAGGUCUUCCGCCCUCAUCACACAGGCUGAUCAGACACUGAAAGAAACUGAUCACGCUCGCUUCCUGCAGACAGCCAAGAGCAUCAACGAGAGGGUUUCCAUGGCAACUGCAUCGACCCAAGUGCUGAUACCUGAGAUUCACCUUACGGACACAUUCGACACCUUUGCCCUGGACUUUACCAGAGAGAAGAAGUUGCUGGAGAGUCUGGAUUACCUCACUGCUCCAAGUGCUCCAUGCAUAAGGGAAGAGUUGUGCACAGCUUCUUACGACACAAUCAGUGUCCACUGGACUUCGGAUGACGAAUUCACGGUGGUGUCCUAUGAGCUCCAAUAUGCCAUCUUCACUGGACAGUCCAACAUUGCUAGUCUCUGUAACUCAUUGGAAAGCUGGAUGAUUGUUCCCAACAUCAAGCAGAACCACUACACAGUGCACGGUCUGCAGAGCGGCACCAAGUAUAUCUUUGUCGUAAAGGCUAUUAACCAAGCAGGAAGCAGGAGUAGUGAACCGGGUACUCUGAAGACCAACAGCCAGCCAUUCAAACUAGACCCCAAAACUGCUCACAAGAAGUUGAAGGUGUCCCAUGAUAACCUCACAGUGGAGCGGGAUGAAACCACAUCCAAGAAAGGCCACAGCCAGGACAAGUUCUCCAGUCAGAGCAGCUAUGGCGUGGUGGGAAAUGUCUAUAUUGACAGCGGACGUCACUACUGGGAGGCUCUGAUUGGAGGGAGUACAUGGUACGCUAUUGGUAUUGCUUACAAAUCAGCUCCCAAACAUGAGUGGAUUGGCAAAAACUCUGCCUCUUGGGUGCUGUGCCGCUGCAACAACUCCUGGGUGGUUCGCCACAACAGCAAGGAGCUAGCUAUUGAGCCGUCGCCCCACCUGCGACGCGUCGGGGUCUUGCUGGAUUAUGACGCAGGAUGCCUGACAUUCUACGACGCCGUGGGCUCCCAACACCUCCACACAUUUCACGUUUCUUUCAUCCAGCCUGUGUGUCCUGUGUUUAACGUGUGGAAUAAAUGUCUGACAAUUCUCACUGGUCUGCCCAUCCCAGACCACCUGGAGGGAUUGGAAGCAAGCAACUGAAAGCUACAGAGAACAAGACUCAAUCAUUGUUAACGCAUUACUUUAAAGCUGCACUGGGAAAGGGAUUGGACAAUCCUAAUUUUUGGAUAGAGAAUGGAAGAGUGAUUUAUCCUAUUUUGCUUCAGUUUCCCAAAUUAAAUUCUGUGCAUGUGCACUUCUGUACCUAGAGGCAGUGAAGAAUCAGUGAAAUAGUAACUGUCUCCUCUAUAACAGCAUCUGCAGUAUCCAGCACUCUUUAUAAAAAAAAAAAAAAAGAAAAAUAGCUGGAUUUAUCAUUGUUUGAUAUAUUCCAUUUUCCCUUAUUGGUUUUCUUGAAUACGUACUAUCACAGACAGCCCCUUUUUUUUUUGAUGAAUGAGCAUUUGAGUUUCCAAAUUUAGAUACCUGGCUCUUGUAUAAAGUUCCCUAUUGUAGCUUCAAAGAAAAAAUACCUAGCAAGUUAGUUUCAAGCCUCCCCAAAGUCAGUUUACAUCUUUUUUCUAAAGCAAAGACGAUGAUCCUUGAAGGUGUGGUUCAGUUUUGAUUGAUGGCCAUAAGCUGGAGUUCAUUCAGCACUAAAUGUUUAGUGUUGAGCUAGAUAAUCCUCCUCUAAGGCACUUUGGACAAUGCUGGGCAUAUUUGUAGUAUCGCAAUGAGGAAAGAAGCCACAACGUAAUCACAAGUUUUCUUUCAUCUUCUUCUAUUUUUCUUCAGUUACCUUUUCAGCUACAGCACUUUGAAAAAUCUCUGAAAGUACUCAAAGUCCAUACACACAAAACAUGGAUGUUAUAAUCAGUCAGGUUGAUGAAAAGAAUAGAAUAACAGAUGUAUAUUUUGUAAAUCUAUUGCACCCCCCCCCCCACCCUCUUAUUUGACCCUUGCUUAUUAAAAAGGAACCAAAGUAGCCAUGGCUGUUUCUUCAGAUGAAUUUUAGUCUAUGUUAAUAAAUGAUUAAUUAUUUUUAAAAAGUAAAAGAGAAGAAAUAGGAUGCUAAUAUUAAAUGAAAGAUUACCUUAACAUAGACCUUGUUUUUGCACAUUCUUUACAAUUAAUUCAUGUUUUGUAGCCUAAAAGUUUAAAUAUUUUUUGUGCAAUUUACUUAGAUUCAUUAUGGGACAGUGUUGUGUUCUGCCAUGUACAUUUUGUUUUGUCACCAUAUUUUUAUUUUUAUUUUUUUUUUUUUUGUGCUGCAUAAUAUGUGACUUGUGUUACAGCUGUAGCCCCAGGUUAUAAUUAAAGAUAAAGGGCAAAAUAUGCAUCAAGGUAUAAUAAUUUCCCCUAAUUUGUUAGCUAAUCUUAUUUUGUUAACUUUUUUUCAUUUUUCCACAUAAGUAUGCAGUCACCAUCUGAAAAUAUUCAAAUUUCCAUGAAAAUAACAUAAACACAGGGCUGUACUCAGACUUGGUCCUUGAAGGACACUUUCCUGCAGGUUUUGGGUGCUUCCCUGCUCCAACACAAUGACCCAAAUUAAAUGGAUCCAACAGAUUGUCGCAUAUUACACAAUGCCCUAUUAAUUUGAGUUAAUGUAUUGAAGCAGGGAAAAGUCUUUACAGAACUCUAAACAUGGACAUGGUCAAGUUUAUUUCUUUAUGAUUCGUUUGAUGUGUAACAGUGACAUAAAUGUGAAUUUUCAGUAUAAAUGCAAAUAUUUGGUUGCAUUUCUGGAUGAGAUUUGGUUUGCUAUCCAGUAAUUUAAUGGUAUGAAGGACAAAUAGGGUGUUCUUUAAUUCUUUAUGUUGGCAGUGUGUUGAAUUAUGUGUUUCUUUGCAUCCAUUACAAGUAUAUAGUGCUUUAAUGUUUCCAUUUCCACUUUAUGACCAUGGUGGUAUUUGGUCUGUGUGUUAACCUUUUUAUGGAAAGCAGUGCUUUCUCCACUAAUGUCUCAGAUACGUCUAUCAGAAAAUGGAAAAUAAACAUUGUUCCCUUUAACAUUAAA